CCCACCAGAAACAGUCCAGUAAUAAUCGGGACUUGAUAAGUAUCCCCCAGGGCCAGCCUGAAGUGCACUGCUCCCGUCCCUUAUGGAGGAAGAAACGAUUCCUUGGCGAAUAGGAUCCCAAGGCCGAAAGCCCCGCACUCUGGUUUCCUGCUUGCCAUGUCAUCGACGCAAAGUGAAGUGCGACCGUGAGCAGCCCUGCAACAGAUGUUUGAUAGCAGGACGGAGUAAUGACUGCAUCUACCAAAACCCGCGGUCUCCUCGUGCGUCAUUUCCAGCCAUUGGCGCCUUCAUUGAUGGCAAGGCACGCCUGGCUAGGGCAAACUCUUGGGCUAGUUUAUGCUGGGAGUUCGAAGAAGCUCGUCCAUAUCUGUUCGGCCUCGACCCUGAGUUCCGCGCAAUGUAUGACAAGGUGGAAGGGCUAAAAUCCUUGUUCUUGUCCUCAAAUGGCCGCUUUGCCAACAAGGACAAUCUUCAAAUUGCAAGCGCGUCACUGCGGCUCUCCAAAUCGGAACUGUUAUCAUAUAUUUCAGAUCGUGGGGUCAUCGAUACCCUGCUUUCUAACUAUAUGCAGACUUUCAAUAGGAUUCUACCUCUCUGGAAUCCAACACUAUUUGACGAGGAAAUAGCGAGAUUCUGGGAUAGCCCCGAGGAUGCCGACCUCACGUCUUUUGCUCAACUUUUCGUAAUGCUUGGCCUCAGCUGCCACUCUGCGCCAGCUAAUACUUCGACUUUGCGCAAACACGACCUUUCCGAGAUGUCAAAGACGUUUUUCACGAUUGGAGAAGCAGCAUUUAAUAACUCCCGUUUCAAAUCUCUACAUGAUUUGGCAGGCGUAAGAACGCUUUGUAUGAUGAUAAUAGCUAGAAUGAUAGACUUAGUCCCCAUGCAUGAUACGCAGGACGGUACGCUAUUGUUCGGAUUGACAGUCCGUGCAGCCCAGAAUAUGGCUUUAAAUCGUCACCCAAGCCUUUUUUCAGGGAUGCCUGAGAAUGAAGGGAUCAAUCGGAUUAUCAUCUGGACAACCAUCGUCUUUAUGGACCAAUUUAUCUCAAUUCACUUCCAUCUACCCCCUCUCAUCCGCCGAGAGGAUCAUGACGCUACAUUCGAAUUCUCUAUACAAGAUGGCUCAACAACCAGUAAUUAUGGAAUUUGGGAGGAGAGACUAAAGGAUAGCAGCGACGAAAACCAACUGGCGUUCCUGGCUUUGAUGUCCGCGCUUCUUCCCACAGUAUCCGUUAUUCUCGAGCAGCUACACUCGACCAAGCCAGCCCUAAAUUAUGAGGAAGUUGGAAAGCUAAACAAGAAGUUACGAGAUAGCUUGAGUCUCGCCAUGCAGCUCGCGAUGGGAAAAAUGGAGGGUGCUACCUCCGCUGACGUUUCAAUGCAACGCGGUUUGUUGGAAAUAUUCAUCCGGAGGGUCUUGUUGGAUUUACACCAACCAUUCGCCAUAACCCAAGAGGCUUCAGCCAAUGCGGAGCACUCACGUUUAGCAGUGCUCGAGUGUGCGCUAGCUCUUAUGAUUUGCCAGGAAGGCAUAUUUGAAGCCGCGGGUCAACAUAGCCAGAUGAAGUGCCUGCUAGACCUUUUCAAAGAUGAUUUUGGGAUCGCAAUCAUUUAUGUCACUCUUGGAAUUCGCCGAGGGGACUUUACUGUCUCGCCAGUCGACACUCUACAGGCUCCACCAGAAGAAGUUGCAUGGACGGCGCUAAGAAGGGCUACGGAGCUAACGGAAUGGUACACGGGAGUGUCGGUGAAGCAUUUUCGAAUAUACGCGGGAGCUAUGUAUCUUGUUGCGGCUCUAGAGGCUUUAGAAACUGGGGCGCCGAUGAUGCAAAAGAUGAUGGAAGCAGGGCACAUGAUUAUUGCUGCAAUAGAAAAACGCAAAGGCAAAGGGGCAGAAUGUGGCAACCAGACAACGCUGCAUACGAACAUUUCUAUGUUUGAAGGCUUCGGAGAGCCUGAAGAGAUGGGCGGUUUCAUAAAUGCCUUGGGAUUGUCUAGUGGGAAUGCAGAGUUACCUGCAGUUAACCCUUGUUUUUAUACCUUUCAGUCAUAGGUUAGCUUUAAAGUCAC